UUGUAGAGGGAACUUUCUCUUUUCUCAGGUAAGCCCCGAAGGGAAGGUUGUGCUCUCGGGAGGUGCCGAGAGCCUGCAGCCUUGACACGAGGAGAGAGCGCGUUGAAUGUUUGAUUCACUUUCUACCAUUAAAUGUUGAUAACUUAAUCCAUGCGUGUCCGGAAGCCUGUUUCUCCACCAUCUGCGUAGUGCCCCAGUUUUGAGAAUACCUUACAGUAUAUAACAAAGCGGGGUUUUAUUGAUCCAGGUUUAGCACAUAGCGGAUUGUUUAACCUCCUCACCCGGGCGGAAUGCUCCGGCACGCGGGCUGUUUGAGCUCCGCGAGAGGGGCUCUGUGGUCGGUGUACUUUAAGACACUACUGCGAGUACCGGACCACCAGACCGGCCGCAGACGCUCAUCCACCAUGUCCCGCGCUGCCCUUCCGGUUCUCUCCGUCGUCCCCUCCCGGGCUCUGGUGGAUGAGGCGUUCAGGGUCGCGGUGCAGAACCUGCCUCCGAGUUCUCCGGUGACACUACACUCCCUCCACCGCUCCGAGGACGAGGACCUCUGGGAGGCCUUCGGCCACUACGUCAGCGACUCCAGAGGAACCGUGUCUGUUGCGGAGGAUUUCAGUUUUGGGGGAACGUACACGGGAAAAGAAGCCAUGGGCUUGUUGUGGAGCAUGAGUCCCGUCCCAGGCAGCCGCAAAGGCCUCAGGUUGAGGAAGAAGAACGUAUGCGUCCCCCAGCUGGUCAACAUCUCGGUCUACGGCGGACACGUGGAGGAGGGCUUCGGGGAGCGGGUUCCUCUGGCCUCGACGCUCACGGAGAGAUGGCACAUGGGUCCAGGAGUCCGGAGGGUUGAAAUCCGAGAGAAAGGAGUCCGAGGGACGCUGUUCAUACCUCCAGGUCCAGGACCCUUCCCCGGCAUGCUGGACAUGUGGGGGGGAGGUGGGGGGCUGCUGGAGUACCGAGCGGCUCUGCUGGCGUCUCGCGGUUACGCUUCUUUGGCGCUGGAAUAUUUCGGCGCCGAUGAGCUGAAGACAGCCGACAAGGAGUUAAACUACUUUGAGACGGCGUUUAACAUCGUCAGUGGACAUCCUCAAGUCAUCCCAGACAGAGUUGGCAUUUUCGGCCUUUCCCUCGGCUCGCUCAUGGCCAUCUACUUGGCAGCCGAGAGCAGCGUCAUCGAGCCGCGUUGUUGCGUUUGUGUCAGCGGCUGCCAUCAUUAUCCACGCGGGAAGAACCUCCAAGCACUCAUUGAGAACUUAUUUGGCAGGAAUUCCAAGCUGCGCGUGGACGAGCACAACCGUGAGAUAUGGCGAGAUAUGUUCCUCCCGAUUCCCGAGGACCUCUCGGAGAAACUGGACGUGGGGAGGAUAAACUGUCCGAUGUUGUUGGUGAACGGCUGUGAUGAUCAGAACGGGCCCACAGUGGAGUGUGCCGAGGAUAUGGCCCACAUGAUGCGUGCAGCGGGGAAGGAGCACCUGCUGACCAGAAUCGAAUACCCGGAUGCCGGCCAUCUGAUCGAGCCGCCCUACUCGCCUCACGCCAAAGCCACCAAGUUCAUAAAGAACGGCAGGAGGGAGGCGGUGAUCGUGCUUUGGGGAGGACAAACCAAACCCCACGCAGAUGCUCAGGAGGACUCCUGGUCUAAGAUCUUGGCUUUUCUGCAGGAGCAUCUGUACUCCACCCAGAAUCCCAAAGCCAAGAUGUGACCCCUCCCCCACACGAAGAAUCGCUGCAGGAAAAAUCACCGUUCCUUCUCUUCUGAUGAAUUAACGUGCACUGAAUGUUGUUGUUAUUUCAUUAUUUAAUGUCUCCACAAAGCCACUAUUCAUUCAAAUGAAACUGUGUUUUAGUUUAAAGGAAUACUUCACCCAUUGAGGGCCAUGUUGGUAUCAGUGACUCACAAGGUGUUACCUUCUUUUAGAUAUUCAUUUUACUUAAAUCCAUCAACACAUUUCUGUCUUUUGAUUACCCGUGGAGGCAUGAGAGGAAAAAUAAAGAGCGAGAACGUG